AUGGUGCAGGAGUUGGAGAAGGACGCUUUCAGCGAAGUCCACCCAGAAGGCCUCACUCCUCCUCUUAUAAGCCUGAUUCAGCGUGAGCGAAUGCUGAAUAUUUUCAGCGAAGGGCUGUUGGAACCAUUCACGCAGACCCUGCUCAACAAGGCUGUCAAGACGUGCGCGAACGGCGCUUCGUGCCGACUGCCGUUUGCCGGCAGGUGCUGUGUAUGCACGCUUCCCCUCCCAUGCGAAGAAAUGAGCCAUAACUAUAAGAACGAGCUAAUUCUCCUGGGGCUCUAUGAGGAUUCGGCCGUGGACGCGGCAGGAGCAGACGGCACUGCCUCACCCGCCGAAUACUACACCAGGUCUCUGCAAGUUAGCCUCCGAGAGACCCUGGCUGACAUUGGCCUCCAUUGCCAACCGCGAUCCGGCGCCUCUCACCAGGGCGUGUGGACGUCCACGACAGCCGGCCGCCGACCUAAAGGCGGAAAUGUCUCGGCACCCAGCCAGUCACACACGGCUGGGCUUCACAGAGGGUCUGAGUCGUCAACGAAACUUGUGGGCGAAACUCAGUCACUAUGGUGUGAAAAUGAGUCAGACCGAAGGGAGGCUGUGCCAUCACCCAUCGAGUGCGACUCAAGCGUUCCAGCUGCUGAAGCCACAGCCGGCUACCGUUACGAAGCGCGGCUGUCCUCAGCAAUGACGGGGAAACCAUCCAACGCGACGACGUCGCCGACUCUGCCAACGGAUAACAAGCUCUCAGGCCUAAGGCGAAGCUAUCGAGAUGCCCUUUUGGAGCCCCUUCAGCUGCGGUCGCCUCAAAACUCUUCGUUUGCCCCACGGGAUAGGCCAUCCGGUGACAGAGAUUUCUCUCCAUUCAGUGUCCUCUAUCUGGCAGCUGGCAGCCCGAGAACUCAGAUGGAUGACACUAACGACAGAUUUUUUGCUGGAUGCCUUCCGGAGCGUUACCGGCGCGACCGCGAAGUGGCAGUGGAGUCUCUCGAUAAUAAGAGAAAGACGAAAGAAGUUGAGGCAGCUCAGAUUGCCAAACUGCUUGCGAUAGAAAAGUACAAGGAGCGCAAACUCGAUGCCAGACUAAAGGAGCUUCGCGAGAGAAUGCAAAAGGAGCUUCAGAACCAGAGCUACCUCCAAGAAAAAGAGAAAAAGCGGGAGCUGCGAAACAGAUUUCUUCGCAGACAAAUUGAGGAGUACUACCGACAGAGAGAGACAGAAAUAACCAAGAAACGAGGGGCGGGGUUUAGGAGAAUCAGACAAACGCUACACUUGAGCUCAGAGGACGGCGAUGUGGAAAACCCUUCAGAGUUCAGAGGCAAGGCGGUGUUGACAAGAGGGCGAGAUCGACUUGAGCGUGGCAGAACUAAAGGUGAAAAUGCGCGCGACUCUUGCAACCCCGGAAAUGCGUACAGUCGUGGGAGUCCGCCAGCCGCGUGUCCCUACCUCUGCGACGACUGCAGACAACGGGCUAUCCAAGAUGCGCCUGUCAAAGCAGCAGAUGACGCGCUUCCUGAGUUGCAGCAGGGAGAAGGAACCGCGCCGCUGCAACAGCCCUCCGUCGAUCCAGUUUACCCUGGAACCUCACAAAGCCCCGGCAUGCUUCCUCACCUGCCGACCGCACCAUCGCAGCCGUACCCUGACCGUGAACAAGAACAGUUUCCCGCGCGCGGACCUAGGGGUACUACGCAGAUGCCCGGCGACCCCGUUUGCCCGCCGCCCCUUCACAACGUGCACCUGGCGGCCGCAGCCAAUGAGAUUGAACACCUGCUUGCAGCGUCGGCUGAUGACCUCGUAUACGCUUCAUCUUGGUCGUGGCCUUCGUUCCAGUGCGGUGGCCUUCCCGGGUACGGUCUCAAGCCAGACCGACUUCCUGACCCUACGUUGAAGACUGCGAGCAGUUUCCCUUUCUAUGCCUCGAACCAGCGAAAGCAACCGCUUAAGAAAAGAAGGGUGUCUCAACUGGUCCACGCAUACAGCGCGAACAACUGGACGAAGAAAAACGGAACCGCAAGAAAGGCGAACCAGAAGACAGAGGAUGUUUUCACUUUCGGCGCGCGACAAGAUACAUCAUAG